AUGGCAAGCUCAACUUCCAACACCGGCACUGAUCCGAGUUCAAGCUCCGCAUCGAACGUUAACGUCAACGCUUCAAACAAUUCUCAGAAGAAUAAUAAUAACAACGACUCAUUUUUUGACUCUGCAGGGAAAGUGGCCGGUGUGUUUACAGUUGUUGGUGUUGUUUGCGUGGGAAUCAUUGCAUCCAUAGUAUACUGUUGUUUCUUCAAGAGAUCACAUGACAACGAUGAUGACAGUGAUAGUGAUGACGAUCUGGAGAGUCAAAUGAAAGGAAAGAACGAUGCGGCCAUCACUCAACACAGUGUUGAGAACGAAUCCAGCGAUGAUACAGUUGUUGGACAUGGCAUGGGACCGCAUGGCAGACAGAUGUCCAUUGUUUCCACUGAUUUUGGAACACCGAUCAUUGACCGCAGAGGUGACAGCACCUACGUUGAUCAACGGUUAGAUGUUGGCCAUUUCAACGAAGAGGAGGAAGAGAUCAAGAGCUUGAACGAUAACGAGGACUAUUCCAGAAAAGUGUGGAGAGUGAUGAACCCCUGA